AUGUCAGAAAUUCCAGACCAACACAUCUCCAGUGACGCGCCGCCGACUAGGACGGGUGCCGGCGCCGAUGCCGAUGCCACCGACACGAUUCCGAUAACGGUCACCCUCGGCGCCAAAUCGACAACCUUCAACCUCCCUGCCACAGGUAUCCUCGACGAUCUCACGUUCGCCUGCGAGGACUUCUUCGACACCCCGGACGACAACCCCAGCUUCAACUGGUCUACACACAAGUUUAUCGCGCCGCCGCCGACGGGCCUCGUCAAGGCCGGCGAGCAAGGCACAUCCCCACUCGCGCCCCUCGCCGGCAAGAAGCUCCGCCUACUGGCCGCCAAACUCUCCGAGCUCGACGCACUGCGCGCGGCCGAGCAGUCCGCUACACGCCGCCGCGAACGCCGCUCCCGAGCCGUGCCCUCGGCAGCGAGACCGCACCGCACCACCGCCCGCCGGCCGGGCGACGACGUGUACACGUUCCUCUCUAUCCGGCCGCUGCCCUACCUUCCCCGGCCGGAGCGGUCGCAGGCGCUGCUGGAGCGGGUGGCCAACGACCGGGGGAUCCGGGAGUCGAUGCGGCGGCGCAAGUUCACCGUCGGGCUGCUGACCGAGAUGGACCCGGCCGCGCACACGGACGUGUCGCACGACGGCGUCGGCCGUACCCUGGGCCUGAACCGCAACAAAGGCGAGGUCAUCGAGCUGCGCCUGCGCACCGACGCUGGCGACGGCUACCGCGACUACAAGACCAUCCGCAAGACACUGUGCCACGAGCUCGCCCACAACGUCCACGGGCCCCACGACAGGAACUUUUGGGACCUGUGCCACGCCAUCGAGCGCGAGGUCGAGGCCGAGGACUGGAGCACAAAGGGCGGCCGGACCGUCGGCGACGGUCCCGGCUUUGACGAAACCGCAAACGACGAGGACUAUGCGCCGGAUCAUGGAGGUUGGACCGGCGGCGAGUUUGUGCUCGGUGGCGGCGGCGGUGGUGGUCCGGCAGGCGCCUCGCAAGUCUCGUUGACUCGGAGAGAGAUUUUGGCAAAGGCGGCCGAGGAACGGAUGCGCCGCAUGAAUCAGGAGGGUCGAGAUGGUGAGAAAGGUGGUGAGGGUCGAAGCUGA